CCGUUACCAUCAGGAUGUCAACAAACCUGAAAGGGAAUUUAGCUGAACUAAUGCCAUGAAUCUUAAUGCCGGUUCAAAUCUGAGCUUAACGUUUAUUGUGACUACGAGUCACGUAUUUUUGAAAGCAUAAGGAUGUCAUCCACUCAGGCUGGUCAGUCAACGGUUGUACACAGACUUGCCACAUUACUGCGAAAUAAUGGUGACUCUGUACUGGAUGGUUCCAGUACGCUCACCCUGCAAGUGCGAUGUUUACAGCACCUGACACAACUCUUCGAGCGGCACCUUCUUUCACGCACACAUCAGCAUGGUUUUCUGGCUCUGCCUUCGCACCCAGCAGACACUGCCUCCCUGCUGGAAGUCCAGUUUCUAUUUGACAUGCUGCAGAAGACAGUAUCACUCAAGCUUGUUAAUCCACCUGGUGUGAAACUACAAUAUGUUGUGAAAAUCUUCCCUUUCAAGUCCCUCAAACACUUAGAGCUAAAGCGCAUUCCUCCUCAUUGUCUGGAGGGUCUUAGAGGAGUGUAUUCUCAGCUGGAAGUGUUUACUUGCUCAAAAGGUGUCAGCUCUCUAGAGGAGCUUCUUUCUUUGUGUGGAGGAGAUCUUAGCUCAGCUUUACCCUGGUUAGAACUUCAAACCCUUAAUUUCAGUUACAAUUCCAUUUCCUGUCUCGACGAGUCACUAAGUCUAUUAAAUGUGCUGAAGUGGCUUGACUUAAGCCACAACAAGAUAGAAGACUGUGCUGAAUUUUUAAAGCCACUUACUGAAUUGGAACACCUGAAUUUAGCUUAUAAUAACCUCCAGAGAGCACCUGUGCUGGGCUUGAGUGCUCAAGCCAAACUCACCACCUUGAUCCUUAGAAACAAUGAGCUGGAAACAAUCAAUGGGGUGGAGCAGUUGUCGUCACUUCAGUGUCUUGACCUGGCUUAUAACCUUCUUAUGGAACACUCCCAGCUGGCUCCUUUGUCCCUCCUUCAUAAUCUCAAAACAUUAACCCUCGAAGGAAACCCAUUAUAUUUUCUGAAGACACAUAGGGCAUCUGCUGUCUGUCACCUUUCUCCAAGAACUGCUUUCCAUGGAUUCCAGCUGGAUGGCACCCCUCUGUCCCAGUCUGAUCUUCUGCUAAUACCCAAACCCGGACAGUUGGUUGGCCAGCUGUCCCAUACUUCUCUAGUUGCUAUGGCACAAGACCAAGGUGGGCAGGACGUGUCCAGUGGUGGUGGGGACAUGACUGACAGUGUGUCCGUUUCAGGAGCAACCCGAGUUCGAAAAAAGAAACAAAAAAACAAGGUGAAGGUGAGGAGAGCCAGUAUUUCGGAGCCCAGUGACACAGACCAUGAGAUCACAGUCCAGUCUGCUGUACAAGAUAUUGUUCUCCCUCAUAAGGAGGACAUUGAGAGAAUGGACAGUUUUCGAGAGCAGUUGGGAGAAGACUGGCUACGCUACCAGCAUCAUCUUGAUGAUACUCCAGUCAUCCCAUCUUUCCCAGAAGCAGACACUGUAGUGAACACCAAUGGUCGCUGCACACCACCAUCUCCCCUGCUUAAAACUCACACUCCUCCAACCAGUCUGGUGUUGCUCCCCCCUCCAUUGCUGUCCUCUGAAAUGAAAGAAGAAGAGGCCAAAGAAGAGAUGGAGAGUAGUGAUGUGCAGCCUGAGACCGAGUCUACCCUGCAGUGGUCAGGUCACAGUCCCCUGAACACUGAAUCUACGAUUGAGACGAGUCUUGGAAACACUCAAGCUGCAACUGAUGCAUACUCUGAUCCACAACCACCACCAGACGAGGAUGAGGACGAUAGAGGAGUGGACCUAUGCAGGCCAAUGUUGGUGGGACUGCUGUCAGAGGAUCUGGAGACCGAUCAGAAAAGAGUCUCUGAACCACUCUUCUUACGAGUGCGGCAGGGCCACCUGCUGGAGGUGGAUAUGCACCAGGGUUGUGUUAAAACACGAGUGGAACUAGACAGUCUGCGAGAUGUGGUGACCACUGAGGCCUCCUGCACAGUGGAGAAGGUGAAUGGGACUCAACCAUGCGUGGAGCUCCAUUUUCGCUACAUUAGUCGUGAGAGGCGUAAACGUUGUUACAUAAUGCUGGAUGACAAGCCACAGGAAUCGUUACAGGUAUUGGCAGAAGUUCUCUCAAGAGUUGUGGAAGAAAACAAGCAGCAGGUGGAUGAUGAGAGACCAGAGACCGUUUGGCUACAGUGCCUGAAGUGUCAAGCUGAAUUCUGCCAGCCGGCCACUGAGUCAGACAACAGCCUGAACCACCUGGAUGAGCAAGGGAAUAACAAAUCCACUGUCAUCUGCUCAGAGUGCAAUAGCGAUCACGUGGUUCAGUUAGCUGCCCAAUCAGCUCCUUCCACCAGUACACCAUUUGAACAGAAUGGUGACAGAUACUUUACUUUUGAUGACCAGGAUAAUGCUGACCAUAUCCAGCACACCGAGGUCCAGAGUUUGGCCCUCUCCCAUGGGAGCCCACUUCAUUUGACUCAGCAAUUAGAGACCUCUACAGAGGGAGCUUACUUUCACACAGCCCAUAGUUUCCUUUCUAAUUGUUUGCCCAAUCAGAAUGAAGUUGAGCAGAGAACCUCUCAACUAAUCAACUUCAGCAUAACUGAUGGAGAGGCGCAAAGUGACUUGGAGGGAAUGAAGGAGAAGUUGGCUGACAGCUCCUACUGCAAAAGACAUCAAAAGCAGGAACUGCUGUCACCAAAGUAUACCGGAGGACUAAAGAGUGCUCAGUUUGACCUGCUUUCAGAAGCAGUGGAUCAUCGGCUUCAACUAUUCCUGGAUGUGGAAGUGUUUGGGGGAGAAGAGGAGCUUCGCUGCUUUUUAAAGAUGUCCAUUGUGAAGUUUGGAGAUGCAGUGGAGUUCCAUUCCCUCAUGGUUGUGUCAGACCAAUACAUCUACAUCUUAGAAAUCACCUCACAGUCUGAAGGGCAACCCUCAGACUGGCUGCGGAAAAGAGAAAGCCAUCAGUUGUGUGAGCUCAGCUAUCUGGAGGUGGGUUUGGGUUCUCAGACCAUACACCUGGAGUUUGGCGAAGGAGAUGCAGCGUACACAUUACUUGUGCGAAACAGCACCCGCUGCAAAUGGUUCUUCAGCAAGCUUACAGAAGUUGCAAGGGAAUUGGCCCCCAAGUCUGACAGCAAGCUGAAGGGAAUCUCUACCACUCGACUCAACCCACAGCACCACCUCUGGCACCUAGUCUGUGAAGACAGCCUUCCAUGUGAUGAAGAAAGCCUCCCUCCUUUUCGCUACCUCUUAGCAUUCCUUCAGCAAGAUGAAUCUUUGGACUCUGUGAGUGUACUAGCUACCAAAGACAUGCUGUUUCUCCUUGAUGAAGACCACCAAUGGAGCAAGAGCCAACCUGAAGGCCAGAUAAGCAGUGGGACAGUGACCAUACAGGAAACUCAACCAAUCAGUUGUGUUAGUUCCAUUCAUCUGUUCUCAUCCAAUCCAUGCAAGGUGGAACUAAAACUGUAUGAUGAGAUGGCCAAGAAAGAAAAGACAUGGUCUUUAAUUGCUGAAGAUGAAGAGCUUGUACAAGAUCUGGUUGGUUGGAUCACAAAUCAGUGGGAAACUAUGUUUGGCGUCAAACUGACUACGAUCAAGCGGUAACAUCUAGUCAUAACGUUAAAGAAAGUACCGUUUUUUACAUCAUGAUGAUUCAUGCCUCAAUCUACUGGACCUGUUUUAAUCUAUUGUCUUAUCUUUAAUGUGGACUGUUUGUCUUUUUUUUCCUCUAUAUAAUCCCACCAAAUUCUCUUUUUACUUGUCUUGAUGCCUCCUCCAUGUGCCUUUUUAGCUUUGUACAAGACACACCAAUACACCUUCUAAUACAUAUCUAUGCAUGCACAAAAGGGUUGUUUUAAAUGCAUUUCUGUAGAUGGUAUGAAUGUGGAGGUGUAUUUGUAUCUCAGGGUGAAAAAAAAAAAUCUUUCAUUGGGCUGUCAAAAGUUCAUAAUUCAGUUAUGCAGGCCACAGGAUAAUAACAGAUUUACUUGUUAAUGCAAUGUUAGAUGUUCAGACAUGUUGGUGACCUAAAAUACCAUCUCUCACAUUUUGUAAAUGGGUACACAUAAUUUCCAACCUGAAGUAUUUUGUGUGUUGAUUUGUUUUGUAAGGAGACGGGUGUAUAUGUAGCUCGUGUUCUGUGCAAAUGUGUCUCCCUUGUUACUAAAUAUUCAGUUUGAGCUUUUGUAUUGUGAGCAUUAAAAGGGAGCUAGCG